UUCGUCGUGUUAUUUACAAUCGAGAUUUUGCAUAGCUGAUGACCUAUACCAGUCAAUCAGUUUAUUUUAAAAAGACAACAUGCAAUUUAAAAUUUUAAUUUUGUCUUUUUUGGUCAGCUUUAUACUUGAAUUUAACUUAGCUUACAAUGACUACACUUGGAGAGACUACUACCCAGGAGGUACUAUACCAAGCGACGCCUUCUCACCUGGCAAUGAUGUAAAUGGAAACCCUUUGUACAUAGGACAAGUUCUUAUAAAAAAAAACCACUCAGACAUUGUUCCUACGACGAUCUAUCCAGAUGAGCCGGUUUAUGGUGCCAGUUAUGGCGUAAAACCAGCUGACAAUUUUGUUCAGAUUCUAUGCAGUCAACGCCCGGAAUACUUCACGUGGACUCGAACGAAUUCAACCGAUCUGCAUCUCCUGACCAACAGUCUCCACUUCAUUCGCGGAGGCGUCGAGGACGGAAAAUGGCUCUAUAUUGGCAGGGUUAAUUAUCAAGGCGAUAUUGCCAUUGGAAAAGUACUGGCAGGAAAUAUUGGCGAUGCUCUGAUGUACUUUGUUUAUAAAGAUAAAGAAUUAAAUGCCAGAUCUUUCGAUGUUUUAACGUACAAUGGAAAUAAUGUGCUGGAUAUCAAUUUCCGAAGCCUGCCUAACUGAUUAUUAUGUUAUUUUAUUAUUGAGAUAAUUUGUUAUAUUUUUUGGACUGAGAUAUAUAUUAUUUUUUUUUGUAUUAAAGCUGAGAAUACAUUUGGCACAUAUAGCCAUUCAUUCGUAGAAGUUUACGUGUUCAAUUCAGCAACGCAAAUGAUGUAUCAAUAAGUUCACUAAGCAACGUUUCCAGUCAUCCGCGGCUGGAAUUUUCCUUUGAUUUACUGAUUGAGUAAGACUUCUCUUGAAUGGGCACGAAUGGAAACGAACAGUAACAUUCGCCAGAUUUCAAGAGCAUAUAAAUGCAUGCCUUCAGAAAGCUUAUUUAAAUUUGAAACUUCUCUUUCAACAUCGUCAUGUAUUAAAUAGAAAUAUAAAAACAAUGUUAUGCGAGGCACUGGUAUUGUCACAUUUAAAUUUUUGCGAUGUUCUCUAUGGACCUUGCAUUACAAAGCGAAUUGCUAAUAGCAUUCAAAAAUUGCUGAAUUCUUGUAUACGUCUAAUUUUUGGGAUCCGGAAAUAUGACCAUAUUAGUCAAGCAUAUAAGCAUUCAGGAUGGUUAUUGAUGAACGAGCGGUGCCACCUUCAUCUGCUUUGUCUGUUCUACAAAAUUUUAAUAAACAAGUUCUUUACGAGAAAAUUCGGUUUCGCACAGACAUUCAUAAUAUUAUUAUGAAUAAUAAUAAUAUAUAUAUACAUUAGAUUUAAGGGAAAGCUAACAAUUCCUAGUCACAAUACUACUUUGUAUGAACGAUCCUUUUCAUAUUUAAUCGCAAAAUAUUUAAACGAUUUCUCCGAAAAUAUUAACAGGAUGUCUAGGGCUACAUUUAAGAGAAUUGUUCUUCAGCACAUGGUGGGACAGCAUAAAUAAACGGAUUAUAAUUAUAAUGAGCAUGUUCAAUGUUAAGUUUGCUUGUAUUAUUUUGUAUUUUUGUUAAUAUAUUUCUCUUCUAUAUAAAUUUUAUUAUAUUUCAUGCCGUAAAUAAAUUUAUUUUUAUACUGUUUAUGCAAUUUUAAGGUUACAUAUUUGUAGAUUUACUUAAGAUUUAGUUUCAUUAAUUUUUAUUAUUGUUAACAAAUAUUUUCUUCUCUGUGGGUUAGUUGAACAGAGGGCAGAUAUCUAAUCUGCUCAACUGAACCUCGCCUUUUUGUACACUACUUUUUUUCUCUUUGUCUCUUUGUUCUAUUAUUGUAUAUGGCACAGUUGUACAAAUAAAGUCCUUUUUUUU